CGACCAAAGAAACCAGAGCGCACGGCACAAAGAACUACCCGCACGACGCCGCGCAGUACAACAUGCGUCCAGCUUGCCACCUCCGCCGCGCCGUCUCGGCGCUCCUCGCGGCCGCCCUCCUGCUGUCCGCCGCGGUCCCGGCCGCCAGGGCGCAGGAAGAAACCGAGCACGAGGAGGAGUUCAGCUACGUCCGCGGCGACGAGAACGGGCCGGAGCACUGGGGCGCGAUCAAGGCGGAGUGGGCGAACUGCAGCAGGGGGCGGAUGCAGUCGCCCAUCGACCUCUCCCACGAGCGCGUCAAGCUGGUGCGCUCCCUCGGCUACCUCAACCACGCCUACCGCGCCGCCGAGGCCUCCAUCGUCAACCGCGGCCACGACAUCAUGGUGAGGUUCGAGGGCGACGCCGGGAGCCUGGUGAUCAACGGCACGGCGUACUUCCUCAGGCAGCUGCACUGGCACUCGCCCACCGAACACACCGUCAACGGCCGCAGGUACGACAUGGAGCUGCACAUGGUGCACGAGAGCGCGGAGAUGAAGGCGGCGGUGAUCGGCAUCCUCUACGAGAUCGGCAGACACGACGCGUUCCUGCACCAGCUGGAGCCGUUCCUCAAGCGGAUCGCGGACAAGCGGGACAGGGAGGAGCGGGUGGGCGUGGUGGACCCCCACGGCGUGCGCGGCUGGGCCAGCGUCUACUACCGCUACAUGGGCUCCCUCACCGUGCCGCCCUGCACCGAGGGCGUCGUCUGGACCAUCGUCAAGAGGGUUCGCACCGUGUCGGAGUACCAGCUGGAGCUUCUCAGGGAAGCCGUGCACGACGAUAUGGAGAAGAACUCGAGGCCGCUUCAGGAGGUGAACAACAGAGACAUCGGCAUCUUCCGGCCGAGCCCACAUAAACAUUACUAGGGCAGGGUCCGUUUCCAGCAGCUCAGUGAUGCAUGGGCUGACGUGGAGACGCCAGUAGAUCAGAAUAAUGUAUAUGGGUCAGUCACAUUCGUUUGGCGCUUCGGUCUGAAUGAAGUUUAAUUUACACAGGAGAUGGAUGUUGUAUGGUAUAGAUGAAGAUUUUCUUUUUUGUAAUUCUUUCCAUUUCUGUGCCUUCUUUAUACGAGUAAAUAAAGCAUACUUCAUGUCCUA